AUGUCGUAUGAGGAUACCAUGAGUAAGGUAAAUCCUUACAAGUCCGGCAUGUUUCAGAAUCUGUUCACUAGCUAUCAAGCAUUUCCAGCUCUCAUUACCGUAACGCAGGACAGUACUCCAAGGUUGAUGAUACCAGAUAAGUCCUACCAACAAGUGAAGAACGGGAACGGAAAACGCCUCAAGAUGGUCAUUCCGUCCUUUCAGCGGGCAUUGGCGAUCCAGUUGCAUUCGCAUCAAAACGACUUUCCAGCCUUGACCAAUGCCUUGACUAAAGUGGGAACCUUUCCCCUUGGUAUGGAUCUUAGGGACUAUCGUGGAUGCUUGGACCCAAGGAUCUCUUACAACGAGUCGGCUCCCGACUACGAAGUCAAGACAGCAUUGGAGAGGAACAUGCCACUCUUUACUGUUUGUCGAUCGUUUGAUUGUUCUUACUCGUUUCCCAUACCAAACUAUGGAGAUUAUCAAGUCAUGAAGAUGGCAGACAAAAUGGGUUGGGACAAGCAGCAGGAAACUUGGAAUGCACAAUUCCCUUGGGAUCAAAAGCUGUCUAAGGUGUACUGGCGAGGAGGAAUGAAAGGUGCCAGAGUUGAGUUUUUGGAUCGUGUCAAGACGGCAGUGAAAGAUGGUAACAGCACCUAUUUGGACGUGAAGGAAGCUGGCUGUCCCAAGAAUGCCGAUCCAGACUUUUGUAGUCCAAAGGAACCCCUCGAUAGUUCCAUGAAAUAUAAGGCCGUCUGCGAUAUUGAUGGGAACUCAUGGUCAGCGCGCUUUCCCCGCUUACUGUGCUAUAACUCAGCUGUCAUCAAGGUGACCCUGGAAGAAGAUUACGAAGAAUACUUCAUGGCGGAUUUGCAACCAAACGUUCAUUUCAUACCAGCAUCUUUGGAUAAUUUUACCUACAUGGCAGAGUACUACAUGAAAUAA